GAGAGCUUCACGCGCAGUCAAAGACGGCCCCCUUUUCGCAUCCAUUGAUCCUCUUGAAUCCGGAUUGCGCCUAUCCGUGGGCCUGGGAGACAGAGAGCGCGCGCCCUCCGAUCCGGAGCACGAGCCAGAUAGGCACGUCGCGCAAGGAUUCCCGUGCCGGCGUGACCCUCUGCCGCGCAUGGUUCGGCGCGUGUAAUCUCAGGCGCUGCGAUCCAACUUUAUGCGACUGCCGGAAUUUGUCGACACCCACCCCGGCUCCACCUUGUCCCUACCACCCAUCCAUCAUCAUCCAUCAGGGACCCCGACACCAAUCCAUCCUGGCGCCCACCCUCCGCUGAUGAACGUUCAUGCAACCAGGUCACAGACGCAUGCACGAAAGGCAGCCCGCUGUUCGAGCGAGCACCCCGAGAGCCAAGUAACUGCCCGGAAACCGCAGAAGGAAGCUCAGCCCAUUUCCGGGGAUUCCAAGACAUCUCGACGUUCAGUCGAAUACGUGGCCAGAGGUAACAGCCGCGGCCCACGUGUCUGGCAUAUGUGCUGCGAGGCCAGCACCACCCACCUACACACACCACCCCGUCCGGAUCUACGGCGCGAGCAUUGACCGGAGGCGGUUUCAAUCGAAGCUUCCGAGGGGCCUCUGUCCAUCUGCUCCGCGGAGGAGCGUCGUCGGAGCGGGACCAUGAGCCAGCUAGACUUGGGCUCAUCCGGGGACGGGCCGACCGGAGCGCAGCUUGACGCACAGCCUCGGCCUCCAAUAUCAAAGGCGCCCAUGGUCUCUGAAGAAGGCCGGGGGAUGUCCCAAGAGACUAUGCAGCAGCCGAAUAACCCUCCCGAGACAGCGGAGGCGUACGAGGACACGCACGUGCACAGCGUGUACGAGGCCAUCGCGCCGCACUUUUCGGCCACGCGCCACAAGCCCUGGCCCCUCGUUGAGCGCUUCCUCCUCUCCCAGCCACCUGGCAGCAUCGGCCUCGACGUCGGCUGCGGCAAUGGCAAGUACCUGCCCGUCAACCCCUCGCUCUUCAUCUUGGGCUCCGACCGCAGCGCCUCCCUCGUGCGCCUGGCCGCCGCCCGGCACUCCGGCGAGGUCGCCGUGGCCGACGGCCUCGCCCUGCCCUACCGCCCCGCCGCCGUGGACUUUGUCAUCAGCAUCGCCGUCGUCCACCACCUCUCCACGCGCCAUCGUCGCCAGGAGGCCAUCGCCGCGCUUCUUGCCUGCCUCCACCCGGGGCCCGGGGCCCGCGCCCUCAUCUACGCCUGGGCCUUGGAGCAGAGCAGCAGCCGCCGCGGCUGGGACGAGUCGUCGCAGCAGGACACCUUGGUGCCUUGGGUCAUGCGCAGAAAGGGCGAGCCCGACGCCACCUUCCAGCGCUACUAUCACCUGUACCGCGAGGGUGAGCUGGACGAGGACGUGCGCGCCGCGGGCGGGACGUGCUGCGAGAGCGGCUACGAAAAGGACAACUGGUGGGUGAUUUGUAGUAGAUAGUAGUCGUCGUCUCUCUUGGAUCAAAAUAAAGAAAAACAAAGACAUGAUGCCGCGCCAGUCCACGUCAAGCGUCGGUCACUGCGCCGCCCCAAGGCAGCAAGAAGGUGGCGGCGGUCAGUAGCACAAGAGUACGUGCUUAGUUACCGCAUUGCCGGAGAGGGACGCAGUGGCAAUGGUUCGGACGUCACAUCUUAAUACCUGGGUUGGUACCUUACCUACCUUAGGUACUAUAGUAG